UCAUUACACAGAACAAAUAUGGUGGUUGAGCAAAUAAUAGCUUUAGAGAAUAAACAAAGCCAAAGUUCAGUUGCUCGGGUCGGUCUUAUAACGGGGACAUCUCCCUCUGUUCAGCCUGUCCUUGCUGUCUGUGGUUGAUGAGACAUACUGCAAGCAGUUCACAAUGAUGCGUGCAGCACUGGCUAUCUGGAUCCUCUCAGCAGUUAUCUGCGUGGGUAGAGGCCAUCACCAAAUAGGUCAUGAUACGACAGGCCAAGACACUGUACUCGACAGCAGCGCCAACAGUGUCUCACUGGUGACUUCAGCAAACAAGGACUUUGCCUACCGUCUGUACAGGAAGUUAGUAGCUCAUGUUGCCUCAGAAGGCAAGAAUAUCUUCUACUCCCCAUUUAGUGUGUCUAUUGCCUUGGCUGCCUUGUCCGUAGGAGCGCGGGGGGAGACCCACAGGCAGCUUUUCAGCAGUCUGGGUUUCAACAGCUCCCUACUGACGCAGACAGCUGUGGAUCAGGCCUUUCAGAUGCUCCUCCAAAGGGCAAACAAGACAUCUAAUGAAGACACCAGGGAAGGGACCGCUGUAUUCGUGGACCACCGCUUCAAGCCACAGCCUGAGUUCCUGGAGGCCUUGAAGCAGUCCUACUUUGCAGAUGCGUUCAAUGUUGACUUCACCGAAACCACAGACAGCGCCAAUACCAUCAAUAAGUAUGUGGAGGAGAAGACCAACGGGAAGAUAGACAAGCUGGUUGAGAACCUGGAUCCAAGUACUGUCAUGUAUCUCAUCAGCUACAUCUACUACAAAGGAAAGUGGGCGACUCCAUUUGACCCUGAGCUCACCAAGGAAGACAUGUUCAUGGUGGAUGAGAACACCAAGGUUCCAGUCCAGAUGAUGAAUAUAGAGAAGAAUUUGAAUACCUAUUACGACCAGGGGAUCAACACGUCAGUCCUCCACCUCCCCUUCAACAGCUCCUACUCCAUGCUGCUGUUGUUGCCUGACAAUAUGGCAACACUGGAGAAUGUCAUUUCCCCAAGCCAUGUCACAAAAUGGCUGAAGUGGAUGAAGUCCAGGACACAUAAAGUAUAUAUUCCAAAGUUCUCCAUCAAGGCUUCCUUCUCGCUGAAUAAUGUGUUGACUGAAAUGGGAAUCACAGACAUAUUUGGUGAUCGUGCAGAUUUGAGGGGCAUUUCAGAGGGGCAAAAACUGACAGUCUCAGAGGUUGUGCAUCAAGCUACCCUGGAUAUCGAUGAGGCCGGAGCCACGGCUGCAGCUGCUACAGGCAUCGGCAUCACACUCAUGUCCUUACGCCACAUCCCUGUGUUGAAGUUCAAUCGUCCAUUUAUGGUCAUCAUCACUGAACGCAGCACAGAAAACGUCCUCUUCAUGGGCAAGAUUAUCAACCCAAACAUCUGAUGGAAUAAACACUUUGUGUUUACUGAAGCACAGCUGUUGCAUUACAUAUAAAAUACUUAGAAAAAAGCUUUGUCCUGUGGUCUCUUGCUUUACGAUUGAGUGUGUAGCAAACAGUUUUAAUGUCUACGAGGUAAUGUUUUGUUCUUAUAUUAGUUUUUGAAGGUAAAAUAAUACAGGGACAAAAGAUUACCAACAGGAUUUUUCUUUAGCAUUUGGUAUUUGGUAUAACAGAGAUAAUAUUUUAUAACAGAUACAAUAAAUUCAGGGACUAUGGAGCAUUUUAAAA